AUGUCGACGACCGCGCUUCCAGACACGGUGCGAGCCCUCCUGCACAACCAAAAGACCCAAUCCCUCAGCAUCGGCACGACACCCCUCCCCACACCAUCCCCAACUCAAUACCUCGUCAAGACCCACGCCGUGGCUCUCACGAACGGCGAGCUUCUCUGGCCCCGUCCCGAAGAGCUCACCAUCUCGACCCCCGGCGUCGAAUUCGUCGGCAAAAUAGUGACGUCCCCGUCGCCGACCGCGAAAUUUCAGCCCGGCGACGAAGUCUACGGCCGCGUGCAGUACCCCAACCCCGGCGCCGCCAGGGAGUACACCCUCUCCGACGAUGGGGAACUCGCUCUCCGUCCGAAGAACAUAUCCGUCGCCGAAGCAGCCACCAUUCCCGUCUCUGCCCUGACCGCGUGGCAGGCCCUCUUCGAGCAGCUCAACCUCCCUCCUCCGUUGCCGCCGUCUUCCUCGUCCUGGUCCCAUGCGACCCCACAGCCAGGUGGCCCGACGGCACAGAAACAGAAACGCAUCCUCAUCACCAACGCUUCUGGAGGAGUCGGCAUCUGGGCCGUCCAGCUCUCCAAGCUCGCGGGCCUACACGUGAUCGGCACGACAGGCCCUCAAAACGUCGACUUUGUCCGCACCCUGGGGGCUGACGAAGUCCUCGACUACCGCCGGACCAACAUCCAGAGCUGGGCCACUUCAGAGGCCACUGAAGCCGACGCCGAGCGCAAAGUCGACCUCCUUCUCGACUGCAUCGGCGGCUCCUCCCUCGCACAGGCGUGGCACGCCGUCAAACCGCACAGUGGCCAGGUCCUCUCGAUCGUGCCUCCGGAGGAUAUGCAGUGGAAGUGGGACCUCGAGCGGCCCGAGGGCGUCGAUGGCAGUGUGAGUGGACGGUUCUUCGUCAUGCGUCCUAGCGGCGAGCAGUUGGCGGAAGUCACGCGGUUGGUGGAGCUCGGCAAGGUGAAGCCCGUGGUCGAUAGUGUGUAUGAUGGGCUUGAGGAGUUUGGGGGGGCGUUUGAUCGAUUGAAGAGCGGGAGGACAAGGGGCAAGGUCGUGUUGAGGGUUUAUGACGUGGAGUAA